AAGCUCAUCAACAUAUAGUUGCGAUAGAAUUGACACGUAGGGAGAUUACUGGUAAUAAGAUGUUAACGGAAACGGAGGCGAAGCACAUACACUAGUGCGGCCUCGGACACUUUUUAAAAAUGUAUGAAGAUAUGGACUACAGUGGGUCACAGGAUGGCUGGGGUGGUUGGCAGAAUACUCGAAAGCGCCAUUUACCCAAUCCCUCAUUUGAAGGCCAGUACCGAAGACCACGGCUUGAUAAUUCUCAGCAGUCCCAGAAUACAUCUGUUCCACCAUUAUUACCACCCCCAUUGCCACCAAUCAAGCAAGUUUCUGAACUACCAUCAGCAUUUUUAGAGUUCUCUCGCAGGCUGUACAACUCAACCAUAGCUGAUUUGGGUCUUGAAAACCCAGUGGAUCUAUUUAAUGAUACAGCUGGAACAAGCAGACAGUCAUUUGAUUAUGGACAUGGGAGAAGUAAUGAAAAUUCAUUCUCAAGGACUGGGUCUGAAGGUAAAAGAUGGAGUACACUGAAAUCCAGUUAUAAGCAGGAAAAUAGUUGGGGUGGAUACAGCCAGCAGAAGAGUGAAGGUCAAGACUAUGGGUCUCAGAGAGGACGUUUCUCAGGCGGAAGAGGUCGCUCAUUUGGAUCAGCUCAGUGGGAUCCACGUGGGGGCAGAGGCUGCGGGGGAGACCAGCAGAGAGCCAGAGGUAGAGGGAAACUUAUGAAUGCCACUCGUGGGGUAGGUAGGGGUGCUGGUAGAGGAACAAGAGGGUCGCAGAAGCAUACAGUUGGAAGAGAACCAAUUAGAGAUCAGAGCAUGGUGCACAAUAAUUCCAAUUUAACAGUGGCAGAGAAGAUUCGUCGAUUUUGUGGCUUUCUCAAACAAGAGCCAAUAAAAGUGAAUGCCAUACAAACAAUAGAAAAUGGACUAACUAGCAGCAAACUCCACUUGACAGCUGACUACUCUGUAGAAGAACUACUAAAAUACAGUUCUCUUACUAAAUUCACAGGGUGCUUCACCCUUGGUGGUCAUUUUAUAGUGAGAGCAGUUGGACCAAGUAAAAGGGAGUUAAAGCAUGAAAUCUACACAAAAGCUCUGGAAAUCUUAACGACAAAGUCUGUCGUUGAAAUUCUUUGCUUGGUUGACCCUGGUGUAGAAGCUUUGCGCAGCCAAUUGGGGAAUGUCAAAGAUGAAGAAAUAACUGGAGAAUGGAAUGAUGUCAGUUCUAUACCUGAUACUGGAGGUGCUUCUGAUUCAGUUGACACCAAACCAAGGUUAGAGUCCCUGUUGAGAUACAUCAGAGAUAACCCAGUAAUAGCUGAAAAUUGCAUUGGGGUUGUGGAGCAGUCACUGUCACAGUCACGAUGCGGUCUUAAAAGUGAAUUCACUUGUAUUGCUCACACACAGAAAAGUGGUAAACGUGUUUUUAAAGGCAUUGUGUGUUUAGGUCAUGUCCCAAUUGCCCAUGGACAUGGACUAAAUAAGAGAGAUGCUAAACAUGAUACAUACACUAAUGCUUUAGCAGCCUUGAAAACAAGAUCAGUGGAAAACUUAUUGUCAGGUAGAAAUAUUGAGGGAUUUUUACGAGAUGGCUGUUGGGAAGAAAUGGAAUAUUUUCCAAUAACUACAGAGAAGAGCGCAGCAAAGAAGGCAAACACAGCAGCUGCGAUGGCUGCCCUUGAAUUGUGCAAAUCACCUAACCUGACUCAGCAGAUGGCUUGCCUUUGUAGCACUUUAAGGGAUACUCCAGUGAAAACUAACAAGGUUAACAGUAUUGACUGUUUGUCUGUCCAGAUUGGGUUAACCCCUGUGUGCUAUUAUAAGAAGUUAUUAUCGGAAAAUGAGCAGCGUUUUUUACGAUGUGAACUCUAUAUCAAUGAUAUUCUUGUUGGUUCAACCGAUGCCACUACCAAAAAGGAUGCACAAAUAAAGACAUAUGAACAGGCUUUUGACCUCCUGACCUCCAGUCCGUCACAUGCCAUCAUGAAGAAUCAGCCAAGAAAAUCUUUUUCUGACAAUGAUUCUGACAUACUGGAAAAGGUAGUUAAGGGGGCUGGCAAACUUGGAGAUUCUAACUUAGAUCGCCUCAGCCGUCUAGAUAUAGAUGUGUAUGAAGACUGGAAAUCACCUGAUGAUCUAGUGGUUAUGGAGUUUGCAGACUGGACCAUAGAUCGAGAGAGGAAUGCAUUUAAUAUCCUUAUUCGCAGUGCAACGUUUAGUGGGCUGCUUCUAGAAUGGAGUUUUCCAACAAAGCAGGCUCUACACAACGAGUGCACUGUCACUCUGCAAAAAUCAAUCUCUAGCAACUAUGUUUGUACGUCCAAAAUGUCUGCCCGAAACAAAGCUUGUGCUGAUAUCUUGAAUCAGUUUUACAGCUGUGCACCAGUUAUUCAGACUCAGAGACAAGAUACUGGACCCUUAUUAUCAUGGGAGGAUUUGGAAGCAGGUUCUGCAAGUUGGACUAUCCCACCCAGUGGUGCAGCCCAGUCUUUUAUAGGGGAAGGAGAACUAAGACCAGAACAAGAGAAAACUGUGAAAUAUGCAUUUCACCUUCUAGAGGAAUUUGAAAAAAGAAACACCCUGGAAGAAAUGUCCUUUGGUCCAGGAAUACCUGAGCUUGUGUCUAAGGCUAUAACACGGUAUGCAAAGCACAUAAAGUUGAGAGUUGACCUGCGCCAUACAGGUGGUAAACCAACAUCCAUCCAUGUCUUCAAGAGGGUGUCAGCUGCAGAAAUAGUUCAGUACUUAACUGAAAACGGUGGCCAAAGUGGAAAAUAUCGGUUGCUAACAGAUGAAAAGAGGCCAUAUAUUCAUAUGAAGGCCAGUGUGACCAGCCUUGAUUCAUCUCCAGCCACUGGACAUCGUAAGAACAAUGGUAGUGCCCAGUUUGGUAAGCAUUCUCAGCCAGCGAGGCAUACAGUGGGUGGCAAGCAGAAAGAAACCAGUCAGCAUUUUGGAUUUACAAGUGAUUCAUCUUUUCAGCAUACAGGACAGACACAUUAUGGAUCUAGUUUCAAUCAGACUACAAGAGGUAAUUCAUUUCCUGGAUCGAGAGGUCAGGGAUUCAGCAUUUCUGGGAGGGGCACUGGGAAAGGCAGGGUAUUCAGCAACAGUGGGAAAGGUAGGGGAUUCAGCAAAACUGGAAAGGGCAGGGGAUUCAACAAAUCUGUUAAAAGUCUGGGAUUCAGCAACAUUGGGAAAGGCCAGGGAUUCACCAAUUCUAGGAUAGGCAGGGGAUUCAGCAGUUCUGGGAUGGAUCAAGGCUAUAAUAAUACUGGGAAAAGUCAAAGCUUCACCAGUGGUGAAGACCCAACCUUUGGUGGUGGAGGUCAUGAUUUCAGCUUUCAAGGACAGAAUCAAGACUUCAGUUAUAAUGAUAGUGGUACCAAUGACUACACUUGUCAGUGGGAACAGAUGGACAGUGGCAACAUGCAAAUAGGUGCAAAAUCAUGUGACUUUACCAGUGACCAAAACUUCAUUAACUUUGAAGGAAAUAAUGAAUACUUUUGAAGUGUGAAGCAUGAAAAAGCAAGAUCAGGGACCAAUGGCUUUGUUUUCUUUAGUUGAGAACAACUUUGUGUCUCAGUGAAUGGUUGAACAGAAAUACCUUUCAAGUAUUGGUGGAUGGUUAAUAACUGUGUUCCACUGUCUCGCUGCUUCAAAGAAUUUCUGUCUUUUGCAAGUUGUUGGUUUUUACAUGAGAUCAAGUAAACAUAAAAUACUGUAUAUACAUGUUAGUCCCUCAUCCAUCACAUGUGAUAAAUGAUUGGUGAAGGAUGAACAGGAAUUUGGCCCCCAGUGGACGGGCUCUGGUUUUGUUACCUAUAGUCAGUACUGCAGAAACAGCAAUGUCCCUGUCAGCUCUGCACACUAAUGAACACUUAAUGCAGACAAAUGCCCAAAUUCAGUGCUCUGCAACCUUGAAUAUGAUACAUGUAGAUGUAUAAAACACUGAUUUAAUUAGUUAAGUCUUUAAAGAGUGAAAUUGUCUUGGUCAUAACAUGUAGAUGCAAGAUUGACUGGGACAAUCCUGUUCAGUCAAAGGUGAUCUACACAAUGUUGGGACAGAUACACUUGUUAAACAGCUCGUUAAUUUUCCUAAAUACUGUUCAUAAAAAAAAUCAUUGGCCAGUCAUUGGAUUAAAAUUGGUUUGUUGCUGUUGUAACUUGGUGCAUCUUGAAUGCACUGAAACGUCAAUUUUCAGUGACAUGUUAAUUUAUUACAUUGUUGUAAUAAAACAAUGACACACGAUUUCUGACAUUCAAUACAUAAUAGUUGGUACAAGAUUUUCAACUUUUGGUUUCACAAAUAGUAAAAAAAACUUCCAAAUACCAGAGCUCUGCUUUGCCUACAUGUACACAUUAUGGGAAUAGCAGUAAAUAGUUAUGCGAAAGAUAGUAAUAAACAAAACAGAAUUUACAUUUUAUGUAUGGAUUUGAAAUGGUUUUGUUAAAGAGAGAAUUAUUCAUCUUCAGGGGUAAAAGUGGAUUUAAAUGUAAUGUGAAACACUUAUCAACUUUGGCAAUUAAGUACAUGUACUACGCAAACCUCAGACAUACAUACACAUCAACUAUCAGCUGGGCUGUACGUGGAAUGGCGUGGCAGUAACCUGCGAUUGGUCGUAGGUUUCCCCAGGGCUAUGGUGGUUUCCUCAUCAUAAUGCUAGCCACCAUUGUAUAAGUGAAAUAUUAUUGAGUAAUAAAACACCAAUCAAAUCAAAUCUCAGCAGUCAAACUGGCAAUUAAUAAUCUUGGACCAGUCAUCAGGUGUAGAUUGUAAAAGUGGGGAAAACCAUUCUAUCAGGUGAAGAACAGCAGAGGGAAGACAAUGGCACAUGUAAUAUCAGCAAGGCGUAGCAACAUGCAGGGCUUCUGAAUGUUCGCAUCUAACCUUGCGAUUAAUCUUGGGUGCUGAUGGAAACCUGGGCAUUCCAGUUAUGAAAGCAAAAUUAAAACCUUUUGCUAUCGUAUAUCUGUCAGCUUAAAUGUUUAUAAUCACUUUACACAGUUAUGUUGCAUGAAUCCUUUAAACGCACAGGGUUGCCAUUGUUGGUUAAAGUACAAAUCUGUUUUACUACAUCUUCAGAUCAGCCUGCUUUCUCACACAAAUGGUGUUUGAAAAUAUCCACAUAUUUACAGCAAGGUCUACCAGAUUCACUUAUUGAGCAGACACCAUCUCCAGAUCAUGCUUUGUAUAAAUGCAAAUGUGUAAACAGCCCAUUUUGUCCCACUGAUAAAGAUACAGUAUCAUGAGUUCAUAUUCAAAUAGACUGAUUUUUGACUGCUUCAUCUAUUGUAGUACAUGCAUGAAUAGUAAGUAAUUUAAUGCAUUUUACAAGGAUUCAUUAACAUUUUGCUGUUAAGAAUACAUCUAUAUUGUAAAACCGAAGCAGUGUUUGGUUCAGACGGUCUCGUGUAGCUUUCGUCAAUGGACAAGUACUGUAAAUUUGGCAACUUAUCCCAAGUUCAGUGUAAAGGUGCCUCCUCAGAAAAAUAUUGAGUGCACCUCCACCCAGACCUUGCUGCUGCGGAUUAAGUUUAAUGUAAACUAUACCCUAAUGUAAUAAAUUCAUGACCCCUAGCUGGAUUGGGUCUGCAUGAAUUCUAUAUAGUUGCCUACAUUGUCCUGUGCAGUUGCCUACCCGUGUUGUCUGGCAUAUAAUGUUAUAUAUGCAUUAACAAUAAUUGGCACUAAACUUUACUGCCACAAACUGGAACUAGUAACAUUACAAGGACAUUACAAAUACCUAACAAUGGCCAGAUUCACAGACUUAUCUGAUGUUUAAUGCCAUGCUCAAAAAUUCAUCACUCGGCUAUCCUGACUGUCGGCAGCACUAGACUUGCACAGGGGGCUUGGACCUGCUGCUAGAAGGCAGUAAUGCUCACAAGGAUUGGCAAUGCUGCUAUGAGGCAGACAUCCUGUUAGAAUCAGUAUGUGUACAUAGCGGAAUAGGAUUGGCCUUGCUGCCAGAAGGCAGCUCUGCAUGUGUACACAGCAGCCCUGCCAGACCUGGAGGCACUGGGCAUCCUGCAGCGAGACUGACAUGGUACCUAUGUGCAUCCUGCAGCAAGAUAGACCCGUCGGCAGUAUGAGCAGGGGAUUGUGCAUACUGGAUAUUAAGGCUGCCCACUAUGGCUUCAUACAUGUUC